AGAGCUCUAGUAUCAGCAGAGUUUGGGAUGUUUCCAGUUUUUCUGGUUUUAUGGCCUCUGAUGUUAUCAGUGUGGGCACCAGGUAACCCUCUAUUGAAUCAUGCUGCAGUGGAAGGCAAGAACAGCAGAGGAGGACCUGGUGACAGCGAGAUUGUAAAUAAUAUGUACGAGACGGACCCCGAUCUCCUUGCUGGCGAAAGCGCAGAGGAGGAGACCGAGGACAGUAUCAUGUCCCCCAUCCCCGUGGGGCCUCCGUCACCCUUUCCCACCAGCGAGGACUUCACUCCCAAGGAGGGCUCGCCUUAUGAAGCUCCUGUCUACAUUCCUGAUGACAUUCCAAUCCCACCAGAUUUUGAACUCAGAGAAUCUUCGAUUCCAGGGGCAGGGCUAGGGAUUUGGGCCAAAAAGAAGAUUGAAGUUGGGGAAAGAUUUGGACCUUAUAUGACAGUACAGAGGAGCACGUUAAAGGAAGCAAACUUUGGAUGGGAGCAAAUACUGAGCGAUCCUGAGGUGACUUCCCAAGAGGGCAACAUAAAAAAGAUUGCUGMUGACCUGGGGAAUGAGAAGUUCUGUGUUGAUGCCAGCCAGAGCGGAGCUGGGAACUGGCUGAAGUACAUCCGCGUGGCCUGCUCCUGCGAUGAGCAGAACCUCGCCGUGUGCCACGUUAAYGACCAGAUCUAUUAUAAGGUUAUUAAGGAGAUUGAGCCAGGAGAGGAGCUGUUGGCGUUCGUGAAGGAAGGAGGAUAUUCGCUCGGGAACAUGGCACCCAGCGUGGAAGAGGAGCACACGUUCCGCUGCGAGGACUGCGACGAGCUCUUCCAGUCCAAGCUGGAGCUGCGGCGGCACAAGAAGUAUGCGUGCGGCUCGGCCGGCUCGCUCUACGAGGCGCUCGGCGACGACAUCAAGCAGGAGGGGCUGGCGGACGGCCACGUCUAUGAGUGCAAGGACUGCGAGCGCAUGUUCCCCAACAAGUACAGCCUGGAGCAGCACAUGGUGAUUCACACCGAGGAGCGCGAGUACAAGUGCGACCAGUGUCCCAAGGCCUUCAACUGGAAAUCGAACCUCAUCCGCCACCAGAUGUCCCAUGACAGCGGGAAGCGAUUCGAAUGUGAAAACUGCGUGAAGGUGUUCACCGACCCCAGCAACCUGCAGCGGCACAUCCGCUCGCAGCACGUCGGCGCGCGCGCCCACGCCUGCCCCGACUGCGGCAAAACCUUCGCCACCUCGUCCGGCCUCAAGCAGCACAAGCACAUUCACAGCACUGUCAAACCUUUCAUAUGUGAGGUCUGUCACAAAUCCUACACGCAGUUCUCCAACCUGUGCCGCCACAAGCGGAUGCACGCGGACUGUCGCACGCAGAUCAAAUGCAAGGACUGUGGCCAGAUGUUCAGCACUACCUCUUCUCUCAACAAGCACCGGCGCUUCUGCGAGGGCAAGAACCAUUACAAUCCAGGGGGCAUUUUUGCCCCCGGCCUGCCCCUAACGCCCACCUCCAUGAUGGACAAAUCCAAGCCCUCUCCCAACCUCAAUCACUCCAGCCUGGGAUUUAAUGAUUACUUUCCGUCCCGUCCGCACCCUGGGGCUCUUCCAUUCACCCCUGCUCCCCCAGCGUUCCCUGCCCUCGCUCCAGGAUUCCCAGGCAUUUUCCCACCCUCUCUGUACCCCAGGCCCCCCUUGUUGCCACCAACGCAGCUGCUCAAAAGUCCCCUCAACCACACUCAAGACGCAAAGCUCCCGAGCCCCCUUGGGAACCCGGCSCUUCCUCUGAUUUCUGCAGUGAGCAACAGCAACCAGGCCACUCCAGGAGAGGAGAAGUGUGAAAGCAGCCUGGAAAGCUCCUACCUGGAGAAGCUAAAAGCCAGGAACAGUGACAUGUCAGAUGGCAGUGACUUUGAGGAUGUCAACACAACCACGGGCACAGAUCUGGAUACCACUACGGGCACCGGCUCUGACCUGGACAGUGAUGCUGAGAGCGACAGGGACAAAGCCAAGGAGAAGAGCAAGCAGAUGGAGAGCAAGGCAGAUUUUGUCAGCAGUUCCGUGUCCGCGAGCUCCACUAACAACGCCAGYGAGAUCCCGCUCUUCUACUCCCAGCACUCCUUCUUUCCUCCGCCCGAGGAGCACCUGCUGCCCACCACGGGCGCAGCCAAUGACUCUAUCAAAGCGAUUGCCUCCAUCGCAGAGAAGUACUUUGGGCCUGGCUUUAUGGGGAUGCAGGAGAAGAAGAUGGGUUCGCUCCCCUAUCAUUCCAUGUUCCCCUUUCAGUUCCUCCCCAAUUUUCCCCAUUCCCUCUAUCCGUUUACGGAGCGGACCCUCAAUCACAACUUGCUGGUCAAGGCCGAACCAAAGUCACCCAGGGACCUCCACAAAGUAGGCAGCACCAGCUCAGAGUCCCCCUUCGAUCUCACCACAAAGCCAAAAGAGAUUAAGCCAAUCCUGCCACCACCUAAGGUCCUGCCAGCCCCGGCCUCAGGGGAGGAGCAGCCGCUGGAUCUGAGCAUYGGCAACCGCAUCCGAGCCAGCCAGAACGGAGGAAGAGAGCCCCGGAAAAACCACGUUUAUGGGGAGAGGAAACUAAUGGCCAAUGAAGUCCUCCCCAAGAUUUCUCAGUCUCAGCUGCCGCAGCAACCAUCCCUGCAUUAUGCCAAGCCAUCACCCUUUUUCAUGGACCCCAUUUACAGCAGGGUGGAGAAGCGGAAGGUGACUGACCCUGUGGGGGCCCUAAAGGAGAAGUACCUGCGACCCUCCCCGCUGCUUUUUCACCCCCAGAUGUCAGCCAUAGAGACGAUGACGGAGAAGCUGGAGAGCUUCGCGGCCAUGAAGGCGGAGGGCGGCGCGGCCCUGCAGCCCCUGCCGCAUCACCCCUUCACCUUCCGAUCGCCGCCGCCCACGCUCUCCGACCCCAUCCUGCGCAAGGGCAAGGAGCGCUACACGUGCAGGUACUGCGGAAAGAUCUUCCCGCGCUCGGCCAACCUGACCCGGCACCUGCGGACACACACUGGCGAGCAGCCCUACAGGUGUAAGUACUGUGACAGGUCGUUCAGCAUUUCCUCCAACCUGCAGCGGCACGUUCGCAACAUCCAUAACAAGGAGAAGCCAUUUAAAUGUCACCUGUGUAACCGAUGCUUCGGGCAGCAGACCAACCUGGACCGGCACCUUAAGAAGCACGAACACGAGAACGUUCCAGUGAGCCAGCACUCUGGAGUCAUCACAAACCACCUUGGGACCAGUGCCUCUUCCCCAAACUCGGAGUCAGACAACCAUGCACUUUUAGAUGAAAAAGAGGAUUCGUAUUUCUCUGAAAUAAGAAAUUUUAUUGCAAAUAGUGAGAUGAAUCAAGCAUCAACCCUAACAGAUAAAAGACCAGAAAUCCAGGAUAUUGAUGGCAAUUCCCAGUGUCAUGGAUUAGCAAAUGAGAAAACAGAAGAUGUGGAUGAUGAAGAUGAGGAAUUGGAAGAGGAAGAUGAUGACAGCCUGACAGGGAAGUCCCAGGAUGAAACAGUAUCACCCACCACAGAGCCCCGAGGAGCAUUUGAGGAUGAGGAGGAGGAAGAACCCACAUCUCUCACCAUGAGCUUUGACCACACCCGAAGGUGUAUUGAGGAGGACGAAGCCGGCUUGUUAGAUUUGGAGCAGAUGCCGCAUUUUGGGAAGGGGCUGGAUCUUCGCAAAGCAGCCGAGGAAGCAUUUGAAGUUAAGGAUGUGUUUAAUUCCACCUUAGACUCUGAGACAAUAAAACAGACUCUGUACAGGCAGGCUAAAAACCAGGCUUUUGCAAUGAUGCUGUCCCUGUCUGAGAACGCUCCCCUCCACGCGUCCUCCCAGAGCUCUCUGGGUGCUUGGUUGGACAUGGCAGGAGCAGCUUCAGAGUCGGGGACCUUUAACCCCAUCAACCACCUCUGAGAGGCCAC